AUGAAUCCUACUGUAGAGGAGGUAGAAGACGAGAGUAGGCCUAGUCCAGGUAGCGGUAGUGGUAAUGCCAACACCGCGCAACAGCAAUUGUCAUGGGCUGAGGUUUGCGCCCAGCACGAGUCGCUGCUGGUAUCCCACCUCGCGCUGCUACAGCAGGUCCAGGGCGAGGUUCCGUCCAAUGGCGAUGCGUCGCGGUUGGUUACCAACAUGUUGGAGCGGACGAAAAAGUUGAUGAUACAGUUCAAGAUCAUCAAAGGCAAAUUUGUGAAUGCUGAGAAAACCUUGCACUCGAACUCUGGCUCAGAUCCGUCAUCUUCUCGUCGGACGAGUGAUUCGUCUGGAAAUGGCCCUCGGGCGAGAGAUCGGGCGAAACGGGCACGCGCAGAAGCGAGCGAACGAGACGAGGAGACUAUUGCUGCAGUACCAGAUGCAGAGACUAUGUCGGCCUUUGCUGACCCAGCCCGUCACCACAAGCGUAAGCGCUUAAUGAAGGUGCUGCCUGGGGGUGAGGAUGACGUUAGGAGCAUAACUCCGGUGUCAAUUGACACAGAGGACAUCUCUGAGGAGGUACAACGAAGGCUGGCUAUCCGAGAUGAGCAACGCAAAAAGCGCAGCAAUGCUAAAGCAGAGAAGCGCAAACGAGACAGCAUGACCUCAACCGGAAGUGCACCUUCUCCUGGCGGUCCUACGAAGCAACCCAGAAAAAAGAUCAAAGCAAUCCAGUCCCGUGAGCGAUGA